AUGAGGAGACACCGGAAAAAGAUUGUCCUUGGUGUAGGUGCAACAUAUGCUGCUGUACCUCUCUAUCGUAUGUUUUGUGCGGCGACCGGUUUCGCUGGGACACCGAAGGUGGGUAUGGGCAAAUUUGAGGCUGAACGCCUCGUUCCGGUCGAGGGCGUAAGGCGUAUCAAAGUGUACUUCAAUGCAGAUACAUCAGAUGCACUUCCCUGGACUUUCACUCCCCAGCAGAGGGUUGUAAGUGUGCUCCCUGGAGAAACAAGUCUUGCAUUUUACAAAGCCAAGAACAACUCAAAGCAAGACAUUAUUGGAAUUGCAACAUAUAAUGUCACCCCUGACAAGAUUGCGCCAUACUUUGGAAAAGUAGAAUGCUUCUGCUUUGAGGAACAGAAGUUGCUCGCAGGAGAGGAGGUGGACAUGCCACUUCUUUUCUUCAUUGACAAAGACGUACUCGAUGAUCCUACAUGCCGGAAUUUAGAUGAUGUUGUCUUAUCGUACACGUUCUUCCGAGCGCGACGAAAUGCACAAGGACAUCUAGAGCCGGAUGCUCCCGACGAUGUCGUGCAAGCCUCUCAAGGAUUUGCGGAAUAUGAUAUGGCCCCUAGAGUCGAAGACCGCAAAGCUGGACCCGGGGACUCUUUGUAG